AUGAACCAAGAUACACAAAAGUUAACUCUCGAGUUAUUUCCCUUGACCCCUAACGUUGUAAUGAACGUGGUUCCUAUUUCAGACAAGAUAGACCUUGCUCGGAUGAGGCUUCUCUCGAAUGAAGAACGCGAAGAGGAGCAGCAGUACGGUGUCUCAACAGAACUAAAUCUCUUCACUGAUCCAUGGACCAUCAAGAAGGAACUGACCAUAACCGAUAUUAGCUACUUAAACCAUCUUCUUCUAAACACCAGUACCAUACAUCACCACGUACUGAGAUAUCUCCCUGAGUGCGACCGGAAGAUAGUCCAAGAAGGCUGGCCGUUAGCCGUUGACGUGUAUGAUCACGAUACUGAUUCUACGCACCAGAUGCUACUAAGGAAACGGACCAAGUGUCUUUACUAUGUUCUCACUGGUGGAUGGUUUGUGGAUUUUGUUUGCAGGAGGGCUUUGAAGAUUGAAGACGAGAUUGGAAUGUUUUGGGAUCGUUUUGACUCAACGCUUCAUUUCAGCGUGCUGUCUCGUGAACCAGUGGACACUCUUCUUGCAGAUCAUCUCAGGCAUCAAUAG